UCUGUGUAUGGAAAACGACAGGAAACGAGGCCUGAUAUAAUUCGAAGCGAGGAAUUCCUGAUUCCUCUAAUUUUCAUUGCGUAGUCAUUCGUCGUAAAAUCGUCAAACUGUGUGUCAAGCCACUUGAAAUGCGUCGUACGUCGUUCCUCGUCUUUCCACUAUGCAUUCUCGAGUGCAUCGGGCUCGCGCUUACGAUAUGCAUCGUGAACAAACACGAAGAAGGGUUGCAGCUGGAUCGGUUGCAAUGCUUCAACGUCACGUUACAAACGGUUUUCAAUCAGACGACGGACUCGAAAGUGAAGUCUAUAUCGAUCUUCAACUCGGAUUUACGAUACAUUCCGGAACGAGCUUUCGCGAAAUACUCGAAAUAUUUGCAGUCCUUGAACAUGCACCAUUGUCGUAUAAACGACAUUCAUUUGGAUGGGUUUGAUAAUUUGAUUAAGUUGACGAAACUCGGCCUAUCGAACAAUAACAUCACGCGUGCGAGGGAGGCAUGGUUCAAGAAUUUAAUAUACCUGGAACAAUUGGACUUCUCUUUCAAUCGGAUCGACGUAAUUGAACCGAUCUUCGACAAAAUGCCGUUACUCAAACGACUCGACAUCCAAGAGAAUCGUUUAACUUGCUUCGAACCUUCAACGUUGCCGGCUGGUAUCGACAAAGUGUAUUUCUUCGGCAAUCCUUUGACUUUCAAAUGUCGGGGAAAGCUAACUCUGUGGAUGCAGGACCACGGGGUGAACUACAAAAACGAGGAGAGCAAGAAGGAAGCAUGGCUGGAUAAGCUGCUUUGGCUCUGCGCCAUCGGCGACGCGAGCGUGGCCGAGUCAGAAGUCUUGAUGAAAGAAUGCGUUAUCCUGAAUUUGUUCAAUCAGUUUCGAACAGGUCUGAGCACCGAGAAAUCGAACUCCACGAUCGACCACUGUGUCGCUGAGAGACACCAAUUGACGAGUUGCGUAGUUGCGGAGAAUCAGCAUCGGCUCACCAACGGGAACGUGAUCAAGAACUGCUGUUCUAUGUCCAUCGAACGAAAAUGAAUUGAAAAGUAAAAAAAAAAAGA